AGCAGAUGUACUGACUGAAGCGCAACAGGCAGGACGCAGCCGGGAGUAGACUGCCCUCCCCGUGUGGACUCCUCAAACUUUGAGAUGAUAUGAAACUAUUUUAACAUUUUGUGGUGGACAUAACAUUUUCACAACAUCGUUGUCUGUCAAGAUUUUGGCGUCGUCUAUUUCUCUGGAGUUACACCCCCAAAAUGGAACGAAGGACAUAUGUGGAACUUUAUUGGCGGUUUAAUAAGGUGGUGUCAGUUCUUGCCUGCUUGUGGUGCCAGCUGAGCCUCAGUGUGGGAUAUAAUUUGGAUAUUGACCAUUCACUUAAUUUUACCGGACCGCGCGAUUCUCACUUUGGAUAUUCCGUGUUACUUCAUCAGCAUAAAAAUCAGCACUGGUUAAUAGUUGGAGCUCCAGUCGCAGAUUCAAAGUUCAGCCAGGUCAAAAAACCUGGCGCAAUCCUUAGAUGCACUAUUUCAAACAUGAACAAUUGCGAGGAGCUGGAUGUUGAAAACAGUGCGACGAGUGUAUCGUGUGGAAAAACCUGCGUUUCGGAGAGGGAAAACCAGUGGCUCGGAGUGAGUCUGUCCAGAGAGCCAGUUCGUGGCACUGUCAUGGCAUGUGGACACCGCUGGAAAAAUGUUUAUUAUGCCAAGGGAGAGAACCAUAAGUUGCCACAUGGUGUAUGCUUCAAGAUCAGCGCCAACUUGGACAGCUUUAUGCCACUACGACCAUGCUAUAGAGAUCAUCAGCGGAAAUUUGGCGAAGACUACGGCUCGUGUCAGGCAGGGAUGUCCAACUUCAUGACAGAGGAUCUCCUUAUCAUGGGGGCCCCUGGAACAUCCUACUGGACCGGCUCGGUUCUGGUCUACAACUCAUCCACCAAUGUCAUGGCGGCCUACCUGGAUGAAGACGGCAUUGUCCAAUAUGGCAGCUAUCUUGGUUACUCGGUGGGAGCGGGACACUUUCUCAGCCCACACAGCACAGAGGUGGUGAGCGGAGCGCCUCAACACGAUCAGACGGGCAGUGCGUAUAUAAUGCAAGCGGAGGGGAACAUCCUGAAAAUAGUGGAGGAGACCAGCCUCAAAGGCGGCAAGCUGGGUUCCUACUACGGGGCGAGCGUGUGUGCUGUGGACCUGAAUGCUGACGGGCUGUCGGACCUGCUGGUGGGGGCUCCCAUGUACAGCACCGUCAGGGAGGAGGGACGCGUACACGUCUACAUCAACCAGGGGAAGGCGAACCUGACAGAGAUGGAAUUCGUUUUGGUGGGAAGUGACGCCUACGCCGCUCGCUUCGGAGAUACUAUCACAAAUCUCGGGGAUAUUGACGACGACGGCUUCUCCGACGUGGCGAUAGGAGCCCCACACGAGGAGGAGCUGAGGGGAGCUAUAUAUAUCUACAAUGGGAGGAAGAGCGGCAUCAGACAGAGCUAUUCACAAAGAAUCACUGGGAAGACGUUGGGUUACAACCUACAGAUGUUUGGUCAGUCCAUCUCUGGAGGCAUUGAUGUGGAUGGCAACGGUUUCCCAGAUAUGGCGGUUGGUGCGUUCCUCUCCGACUCUGCCGUGGUGCUUCGGACGCGCCCUGUGGUCAAGGUGGAGGCGUCCAUGACCCUGCCGGACAGCGUGAACCGCUCGCUGCCGCUCUGCUCCGACAACGGCCAGCCCGCUGUUUGCAUCAACGCCAAAGUCUGCUUCAAUGUCACGGGCCGCAGCCUAGACGGACGCAUCAAAAUGCUGUACAACAUCACCGCUGACAUGCGCCACAAAGAGGGCUUCCCCUCCCGCUUCUAUUUCCACGGCAACGGAACCUCCAACGUCACCAGUGGGCGGGUCUGGGCCACGGCCGGCCAGCUCAUCUGCCAGACCCACCAGGCCUUCAUGAGGAAGGACAUCCGUGACAUCUUCACAGCGAUCCACUUUGAGGUCCGCUAUGAGUUGGGGGAGCACAGCACCACGCGGGCCGCCUCGCACUCCUUCCCCCCUCUGAAACCCAUGCUGCAGCAGAGAGGAGAACACAACAACCUGGUCACCGAGAGGACGGAGUUUGCGCGGCACUGCGUCUGGGAGAACUGCUCCUCCAACAUGCAAGUCUCGGCUCAUCUGGUCCUUCCCCAGAGCUACAAGAACACGCCUUACUUUGCCCUGGGCUCUGGCAAGACCAUCAUGCUCAACACCACCUUACUCAACUCUGGAGACGACGCCUUCCUUCCCAAGCUGCACCUCCGAUUCCCCCGCAGUCUGCAAUACAUUAAAGUGCUGGACGCCGAGGAGAAGUAUGUCAGCUGUGACAUCGUGGAGGAAAACAAAGAGCCCAUUGGCCUGGACUGCAACGUAGGCAACCUCUACCUCCCAGCGUUUGCAAAGCUGAACGUUAGCUUCCUGUUGGACGUAAACCAGAGCACUCCGGAGAAUCUGUCAGUCAACGUCCGCACGGCCAGUGAUAGUUAUGAAAAUGAAGACCUGCUUUAUGACAACACUGCGACUAUUUCAUUACCUCUGAGAUAUGGAGUUGGCCUUGCAGUGCAUGGUUUUGUUUCUCCGACAUCGUUCCUCUUCGGAGACCAGGAGCCAAUACCAGUGGACUGCUACUCUGAGAAGCUGAACUACACAUACAAGGCUGUAAACCUUGGUCCGAGUAAAUCUGUGAACACCAUAUUGGAGAUAGACAUCCCCCAGGCCAUAUUCCCACAUGACUACCAGCUGCUCAGGGUGUCUGAGCUUCAGACGUCCGUGGGAGAAUGUUUCGUGAGGAAUGAAACGCAUUGGGCGACUGCUGACUGUGAUGUACCCAAAGCUCCGUUCCUCCACGAACUUGUGUUCUUCUUUGACAAAGUUAGCAGGCGUAAAAUGUACUGCUCCAGAAGUGACGGCCUGUGCCUGAGGGUGCAGUGUAACCUGGGAGAUCUGGAGGUGGGGAAGGAGGUCACCAUUCAGAUGGAGGUUCAGCUCAACCCCACCGUCUUACAGAUCAUGCCGGGAAGACACAGUGUGGUGCAUAUGGAAAGCCUGUUGGUGGUCACAUCCCCUCAGACGGAUCGUCAUACCUACGUGCUUCAGGACCACAUCUCUGCCUCGGUGCUGGUAGAGGCCCAUCACAACCAGAAGCCCAACCUGUCUGUAGGCGUGUUCAUCAUCGUCCUGAGUCUCAUAGUGGGCUUGUUGAUCCUCUCCCUCCUCAUCCUCAUGCUGUGGAAGGCCGGCUUCUUCAAGAGAAGCUUAAAGGAGAAGCAGGAUGAGUUCCGGAGAGACAGCUGGGACUACGUACCGAAAAGUGACGUGGCGAAGAGCGAAAGCUUCUCAUAACUCACAGAGAGAGAACGAAAGAGAGAGAGUCAGAGACCCAUGCCACAAGUGGACCAGGCUCUCCAAAAAAAACAUAUGGAGAAUAUAAGGGAUAACUGUUGCUCCUUUUUAAAAAAAAAAAAAAAGCCCAGAAGUGAAGAAAAAAGAGAAGAAACACAACACAGCCAUCACUGUUGAUUUUAGUUUUUUAAAAAAGGUAUAAUAUUUUUUGCCAAAAAAAAGCAAGAAAGCGUCCCAUUGCUGGCAAGUGAAAUGAUGAAGAGGUUUCCGUCAUUGCAUUGCAAUGCACUUUAUGUAGCUGGAACAGUGGAGCUGGGCAGAAUGAACAGUGCUGGCUACUGUCAAGGUGCCAUAGAAGAGAGAACAAAGAAAACAACUCAUCUACUCCUUCCAGCGGUCUUCAUUUUAUCAUUCUAACACAUUUGAAGGGCCAAUUCACUCGUUUCUGCUGUAAAAUUAUUUUUCAACCCCCCUCCCUUCUUCUAAUGCACUGUUUUAAACAUGUCAACCACAAUCACCAACACACACCCUUGUUCACAGAUUCUUUAUGCAACACAAACGGAAACACAAAAAAACGGAGCAACGUUUCACCCCUUUGAACACACACGUUAUGAGAAGGACUAUGCAGAAGACGUUGAACAAGUGCCUGCCUGAGAGAGAGACGCCACCUCAAGUUGAACUUGCAGGUUGUUUGGUUGCCUCACACUGGGGCACACAACGCUCAUUGCACUACUCGACUAGUGCACAGGCGAAGAAGAGACUUUCAGUUCCCGGGAGCUCUUCACCGCCACAGCCACAGGGGCAGGGUCAAGGGGC